GACUGCCUUGCCUACGUGCUUUACCAUCCACAUUUUCAGGAAAUUUGGAAAAAUCCACCAGCUUAAUACAUCACCAUUUAUCAUCAGAUAUCCCUAAUACUUAUAUAAAUUCUAUAAUUGUAUCUCAACGUCAUAGAUCACGAUCUUCUAUCGACUUCAUACUUUGAAUAAAUCCAAACCUGUUAUACAAUGGCCGAUCAUCCUUCUCAAAUCCAACUCCAGCCCGAGAAGAAACAAGACUUAGCAAAGAACCCAAAACUUUUCUCGGAAAUACGUCGUAUGAUUUACGGGUUUGCUGCUGAAGAAGCAACAAAAAUAUUCUAUGUCAACGACGCUCAAGAUACAUGUAUAUUUCUAAGCAAUAAUGAGGUGGGUGGAAUCGUAAGGAACAAAAAUACGCACAAUUGGCCAAAUACAUUCGAGCUUCCUCAUCUCCGACGCUUGGGUACCCUCAAAAAGAAGGAUCUCCUGUUUCCCCUUCUUCAUGUCGAAACAACGGCCAGAGAGGUGGCAUGGAAAGCAUACAUCAAGGUGAUAAGCAAUGCAGGGUUUCUAGAGCACUUCUUCAAAUUACUUUACUUUCAAAGAUAUCAUUUGAGUAAAUCGGCUUGUAAUUUUGAAGAUGGAUUAAGCGAGAUGCUCGGGGACAUGAAGCAGGUAAUGGAAAAUAUACAAUCCCGUAUACUGAUAAACCCUGGAGUUGGGUACGACUGGACAAACAACGGAGCAUUGCAUCUAUUGGCCGAUGUCCACGAGACUCUAGAAUGCCGCUUGAUGGACGUUCCCGGAUCUUCGUCUUGGAGUCUACACCUUGCGCCGGGGGCUGGAAAAACCAAGAAGAUGGAUGAGGAACGAGGGCCUUUCAGGUCUCUUGUGAUACUUCCACAACCUAGUCCGGAGCCUAAGUUAUGGGAGCUUAAAAAAGAUGCUUUUGAGCCUACGUUCAUCCGAGGUAUGACGGCAUAUCUAGACACUUUUGACAUAAAGUAUAUUGUAGGAAAACAUGUUUUAGACAUGACAGAGAUCCUCGAAAGUCGUGAUUAAGAAUAUGAAAUUUCUCUGGUUUCGAUUGUAUA